AUGGGCUCUGUUGCACUGCGUCGUUAUCGCUCCUGUCAGCGGACUUUCUCCCGGGGCUUCGUCCCUCGGUAUGCCUACGGUCCUCGCGGUGGAAUGGGCGGCCUACUCAAAGUCGCUCUGCUGGGCACCUGCACCUACUUUAUCGUGAAGGAACUCUCACACAGAAAUCAGCCUCCUCCUCAUGCCGGCUCCAACGGUGACUCUCAGUCUGCCCAGCCAGUUUCAUAG